AUGGCCUCACUGCAGAAAAACCACACCUUGAGCUCAGAGUUUAUCAUCUUGGGCUUUGGGGAUCUGGCUGAACUGAAAAUCUUCUUUUUUGGACUCUUUUUAAUCAUGCAUCUUGUCACCCUAGCCGGCCACGGAACCAUUGUGCUCAUCACCCUCAUUGACUCCUGCCUCCAGAUCCCCAUGUAUUUCUUUCUUCGCAAUCUGUCCACCAUUGAAAUUUGCUACAUAUUGGUCAUUGUCCCCAACAUGCUGGCUAACUUCCUGUCCCGCAGCCAGCGGAUGCCCAUGCUGGGCUGCGCGUUGCAGAUGCACCUCUUCAUCGCUCUGGGGGGAGCAGAGUGCUUCCUCCUGGCUGUGAUGGCCUAUGACCGCUUCGUGGCCAUCUGCAGGCCCCUGCGCUACCCACUCAUCAUCACCAGGGCCCUCUGCCUGCAGAUGCUGGCUCUGGCGUGCGUCGGUGGCUUCGCACUCUCACUCACGCUCACCACACUGAUAUUCCUCUUGCCCUUCUGUCAGUCCCAUGAGAUCAAUCAUUUCUUCUGUGACAUCCCAGCUGUGCUCUUCCUGGCCUGCUCGGACACACGAGCCAAUGAGAUUGCAGUCUUCGUGGUCUGCAUGCUCAUCCUGCUGAUUCCCUUCUUACUGAUACUGCUCUCCUACGGAUUCAUCAUCACCGCCAUCCUCAGCAUCCACUCAGUCCAGGGCAGGAGCAAGGCCUUCUCCACCUGUGCCGGCCACCUGCUGGUCUCUCUUCUGCACUAUGGCUGUGCGAUAUUCAUCUACAUCCGCCCCAAGUCAUGCUACACCCCGGAACAGGACAAGGUCGUGUCCUUAAUCUACACCAAUGUGACCCCCAUGCUCUACCCCAUGAUCUACAGCCUCAGGAACAAGGAAGUCCAGGGUGCCCUCGGGAGACUCCUGGAGAGCUCUAGCCAGGUGAGGAGGCAGCCUAAAGCCAGGUGA